UCUUUCAAGCCACAUUUGAAGGCGAACUCUGUUUCUUCAAUCAUGCGGAUAUUUUUAUGCCUCAUAUUCCUUGCUACUCACUCUCUCCCUAAAGAACUGGAUUAUUGUUUCGCAAAUGAAGAGGAACCGUAUUUGUAUUUUGGAUCGAAAACGCCAUACCGAAUAGCGAGACCUCGAGAGACUAGUCACGGCUCAAUACCAAAUUGUAAACCCGUUCAGAUAUGGAUGUUGGCAAGACAUGGAACUCGUUAUCCCCAGAAAGGAGCUGUCCAGAGAAUGGAGGAGUUACCAGAGAUACGGGAUCGAAUAAUCCGCAGUCAUGAAGAAUAUGGAAGGGGACGAUUGUGUCAUGAGGACUUGAAGAAACUGAAGGAAUGGUCUCCACACGAUCAGAUGACACUGGAAUAUGCGAGCAAACUUGCACCUGAAGGAUGGAGAGAAGGCAAUGAGCUAGGGAAACGCUUGAGGAAUGCGUAUCCAGAUCUAAUAUCAGCAGCAAAAAAUGUGAAUUCAAAAAAUUAUACGUUUCGAUCGAUAAGAGGAGCACGCAGUGAAUCCAGCAUGAUAGCACUGAUGGAGGGAUUGUUCGAGGAUAAAGAUGCUGUGGAGCCAGUCCCGACUCCAAGAUCUGAUGCUUUGUUAAGGGGAGAUCAAAAUUGUCGUCGAUGGGCAGAAGAGAAAAAGGGAACGUAUGAAGAACGCGAUGGGUUCAUCGAUGGACGUGAAUAUCAUCAGCUACAACAGAACGUCAGCAGAAGAAUUGGCUUUGACGUAUCACCAGAGACAAUUCACAACAUGCAAGAUAUCUGUCGAUUCGAGACUGCCUGGAGUCGAGACGAAUUAUCGCCCUGGUGUGCAGUAUUUAGUAAGGACGAGUGGAAAAUCUUGGAAUACAUCGAUGAUCUUCAAUAUUAUUACGCGUCAGGCUAUGGACUCCAGAUAAAUUCACUGAUCGGUUGCUUCCCACUGCAAGAUCUCUUCAGCCAUUUCAGAGACCUGGAGGAUCCGCGGAUGAAGACACCGAAGGGCGUUUUUUAUUUGAGCACGUCCAGAAUUUUGAUGGAUUUUCUGCAUACCAUUGAUAUUGCUAAAGACUCGGAACGUCUGCUGGCGAAUAAUUUUAGAUACAUGGCCAAUAGGAAAUGGAGAGUCUCUUUGAUUUCUCCUUUCUUCUCCAAUUUCGUCGCCGUUUUUCACAGAUGCGAACAUUCCGAGGUAUCGAACAAAGUGACUUUUUAUCUGAACGAUGAACUCGUCAUGUAUGAAGGCUGCGAGGAGGGAAUUUGUGAUUGGGACUACUUGAAGAAAAAACUGGGAGGACGAGCCGUUCAAUGCUCGGAAAAUUGCCGGAAACGGGAAAUUAACACCAAAAGAAAUAACAAGACGUCAUCUGAAUACCGAUUUUUCCUCCACAUAUUUUUAUUGAUAAUUUUACAACUCCUUCUGGCAGCUGCGUUUCAUCGGCGAAUUAUGGACUCUCUGCAGAGAAUCACUCGAUUCAUCUCGUGGAAAUUUGGGUUUAGGAAACUCAUGCAAAAUAAUAUCAAGUCCUAGUCCCCAAAAUCUUGUAUGCUUUCUUAAAAAAUUUAAUCUCAAACUGAAAUUCAUCAGAUAUUAUUUUUUCAUUCAAUUUAUUUUCAAUUU